AUGACCACUGCGGGGCUGCCUCAGAGCUUUUGCCCGGCGGCGCCGGGGCCGGCGACCUCGGCGACCUCGUCCCGGCGGGUCAGGUCCAACGUCCCGCUGCCGCGGCGGCGUGCGGAGGAGCCACAACGAUGGCUGGAUCCUAUUGAUCUUCAACCUACUGCUGGGAAGCGGUGGCUGGUGCCGCGUGGCGAUGACAUCUCGGUGACAGCGAGGAGAGAGGCUUUGCAGCUCCUGGAGCGGAAGCAUUUCGAAAAUGAUUUCUCCGGCUGGCAAAUGCCUUUUCCUUUCGAGCUGCCUUGUGGCGAGGCCUGCCCCAUUUGCUCCUUGGGCGAGUGCGGCGACGUGAACUGCCCCAGCUAUCGGCCCAAGCGGCACGAGGUGCGUCAGGCGGUGGAAGAAACGGUGCUGCAGCAUGCGGUGCGAUGCUUUGCUGAGUCUGGCAAGGGCAUCAACACUUACGUCUCGGUGGGCGCUGGAUUGCUGGCGCAGGAUUGGAUCAUCCUCGAGAAGCUCCGGGCAGCCGAGCUGCCGGUCUCGCGCGUGGUGGUGGUCGAUCUGCGCACGGCGGAGCCGGUGAUCGCCUGCGAAGGGAGGAAAUUCUCCAGUGAAGAAGGUGGUUUGGAUCUCUGCCAGCUAGGUUAUCACAGUGAGGUGGGCCCUGAGUUCUCCUUUUCAGCUGUGAUCAACUUCGAGGGCUCUGCAUGCUACGGUAGUCGCCUCUUCGACUUCUGCAAUGGGAUCGAUGAAGACAACAUCUACGUGGACGUGGUCUCCUUCCCCGAAGACGUCGGCGCCCCGGGCGUGGGCGGCUUGAUCUUCGGCGUGCGCCGCGGGGAGGAAGACGCACAGGUGGCAGCGGCAGGGGCAUGGGUCCCUCAGCAGCCGCAUCUCUACCUCUUCACAGUCAGCGCGAGUGGGAUGAUGCGCAUCUACAUCGAUGGGCAGUUGGCCGUGAGCCGUCAGGGGCAUCCGCCUGAGCGGCUGCCACGGAAGCGGCUGUAUGUGGGGCAAUCCUCUGCCUCGCAGGUCAAGUUUUGCGGAGAGAUGCGAAAGAUCCAAGUCUGGAAUCAUUGUGUAGAUUCAGGGAACGUCGACGGUCUCUACACGGAUGAAUCGGCCAGGGCGCUGAAGCAAUUCGCCAGAUGGUUUGCGAAGGAUCUCAGCGUUUAUUCCUUCGGCACGUUGGCUUCAUAUGCCGCUGCUGUGGCGGAGGAUUCGAGGUUCCAGGCCGAUCUGAUGCUGCAGAUCGAUGUGCAUGAAGAGAUCGAUGGCUACGACGACGUGGCCAAAAAGGUCUUGAGUCCUCAAGGUGUGGCCUUGACAUUGGUGGGUCCCGGACGAAGUUGGCAAAGACAAGGGAAUAAAGUCGUGGAGAUCGAGGUGGGCUCCGAAACCCUGUCGAAGCUGGAAAGUCGAAAGCGCCAACCCUGGGUUGGUGAUGACAAGUCGGCCCAAUCACAAACCUGCCUAGAUGCGAGCUCUGGCGCCUCACGAGGGACAUGUUUUCUAUGGCCCCGGGAAGACGGGGCGAGAUCACUUUUGCUCAGAAGAGAGUAGGUACUUGCGACUGUCAGGUUGGGCUCGACGCCUCAGAUCACAUGCUGGAAGAAGGCACAAGGCGUAGGUCGUAGGUCGCGCCGCAGCGGUGGCUUCGAGAUUGGAUUGAGUAAACUCAUCCCCAAUAAACUGAUCCAAC